AUGAUCUUGAAACUGUCGCGAUAUCUGUUGACUAUUAAAAUCACUACAAGUUCAAGAUUUGCCGCUGUAGUUAUCUCUGAGAACUACGUUACUUCAAGGUGGUGCUUGGAGGAGCUUCGAUUGAUUAUGGAACUUCAGGGAAAGAAGGAGAUAGAAGUUGUUCCUAUUUUCUACGGAGUUAACCCCUCUGACGUGAGAAAUCAGCGAGGAAAUUUCGCUUUAGAAAGGUACCAAGGUUUAGAAAUGGCGGACACGGUUCUUGGAUGGAGAGAAGCACUUACGCGUAUCGCCAACCGAAAGGGCAAGGAUUCCACACAAUGCGAGGAUGAGGCCACCAUGAUUGAAGAUAUUGUUCGACGUAUUUCAAGCCGAUUGUUAUCUAUGUUGCCAAUAGAUUUUGGUGAUAUUGUCGGGAUGAAAACUCAUGUGGAAGGUCUCAGUCCUCUCUUGAACAUGGACGCCAAUGAUGAGGUUCGUAUGAUAGAAAUAUGGGGAAUGGGUGGCAUUGGCAAAACCACCAUAGCUAAGUACAUUUAUGAACAAUAUAAACACAGAUUUUCGCCUCAUUUUUGUUUCAUACCAAACGUUAGGAAAAUUUCCUCAAAACAUGGUCUCUUGUACUUACAAGAAAAGCUUAUUUCCAAUAUUCUUGGUGAAGAACAUGUAAAAUUGUGGAGUGUGGAACAGGGUGCUCAUUGUAUCAAGUCAAGGCUUGGACACCUGAAAGUUUUUAUUGUCCUUGAUGAUGUGGAUGAUGUGAACCAGCUGUAUGCACUGGCUAAAGAGGCUAAAUGGUUUGGACUAGGGAGUCGAAUCAUUGUAACAACACGGGACAAGAGCUUGCUUAACAACUUCUGUGGAGUAAGAAUAUUUGUGUACGAUGUUAAGUGCAUGGAUAAUGAUAAUGCCAUCAAACUCUUUGAGCAGGUUGCUUUUGAAGGAGGACAUCCUCCUUCUCAUGUCUACAAAGAUCUCUCAAAUCGUGUUUCAAGGCUUGCACAAGGUCUUCCUUUGGCCCUUGAGGCUUUUGGCUUUUAUCUUCAUGGCAAGUCCCUAAUGGAGUGGAAAGAUGGUUUAAAAUCGUUUGAGGAAGCUCCUUACGAAAACAUUAUGAGUAUCUUGAAAAUUAGCUAUGAUAACUUAGACGAACUUGGUAAGACUGCUUUUCUUCAUGUCGCAUGUCUUUUCAAUGGAGACCCUGUCUUGCGAGUCACAACCCUUCUUGAUUGCGGUCGAUUUGGAAUUAGAGAUUUAGUGGAAAAGUCUCUCAUUGACAUAUCAACUGAUGGGUGUAUAGCUAUGCAUGGUUUGGUAGAGCAAACGGGAAGACAUAUUGUGUGUCAAGAAUCUGGCAACAGACCUGCCAAACAACGCAUCCUGUGGCAUCCUGACGACAUAUAUAGAGUACUAGCAAACUAUGCUGGUACAAGAAAAAUUGAAGGCGUCGCACUAGAUGUUUGUGUACUGCCCUACAGUUUUCAUAUUGAGUGGAAUGCUUUGGAGCCAAUGUAUAAUCUCAAAUUUCUGAAAAUUUACAAGCAUUCUAAAGGUUCAGAGUCCAGAAUACGACGCAAUCUAGAGGAAAAUCCGAUAGUUUCUCGUAAGCUUAGACUACUACAUUGGGAUGCAUAUUCUUAUACAACAUUGCCUUCAAAAGUUAGUCCAGAUUGUCUUGUUGAACUAAAUCUUUGUUACAGCAAGCUCACAAGCCUUUGGAGUGGAGUCCCAAGACUUUUGCAUCUGAGGAGGCUAGAUCUGACAGGCUGUGAGGAUUUGAAAGAACUUCCAGAUCUUCAUGAAGCAGUGUGUCUCGAAGAGUUGAUACUAGAAGGUUGCAUUUCCUUGCAGCGGAUUCCAAAGUCUAUAUGGGGCUUAUCUAGAGUGAAGAAGCUUGAUGUGUCCAACUGUGAUGGGCUUAAGAAUCUAAGGAUCAUAUUAAGGGAAUCUGAGUCUACUGUCUUUCAAAGCAGCAUCUCUGGAAUGUGCUUGCACGUUAGAUUAAUCCACAUGGAAGUUCUUGAUCCAACACCGUAUGAAUUCGAGGGGAUUUCCAUUCCAAACCUAUCAAUCAAUGGUGAAAUAAAAAUCAAGUUGGAGCUUCUUGAAGGAUACGCAGAGCAUCUCUGUUUUCUUUCGGAGCAAGAGAUCCCCCAUGAACUAAUGAUGUUGGAAAAUCAAACACCUAAGCUCAUGUCAUCUCCCUACAAUUUUAAAUCACUCGACAUCAUGCGGUUUAUCUGCAGUGAGAGAAGCAAUCUUUUCAAGUGUUAUAGCUUUUCAGAUUUUCCCUGGCUGAGAGACUUAAAUCUGAUCAACCUAAACAUCGAAGAAAUCCCAGAUGACAUUCACCAUAUGAUGGUUCUAGAGAAAUUAGACCUCAGUGGCAAUGGCUUCAGAGUGUUACCAACGACGAUGAUUCUUCUUACCAAUUUGAAGCAUUUGACGCUUUGUAACUGCUGUCGACUCGAGACAUUGCCAGACCUAUACCAGCUGGAGACACUCACUCUUUCUGAUUGUACAAAUCUCCAAGCAUUGGUGAACCUUUCUGAUGCACAACAAGAUCAGAGCAGAUAUUGUCUGGUUGAGCUUUGGCUUGACAACUGCAAGAAUGUUCAAUCUUUGUCUGAUCAACUUACUCGGUUUAAAAGUUUAACAUAUUUGGAUAUCAGCAGACAUGAUUUUGAAACAGUACCUACAAGCAUCAAGGAUCUCCCCUUGUUGGUAACUCUUUGCCUCAAUUAUUGCAAGAAACUCAAAUCACUAAAAGAAGUACUUCCAUUGAGCCUCAAGUAUCUAUAUGCGCAUGGUUGCAAGUCCCUGGAUGCUUUUAUUGAGUAUCAUGUUCAUCACCGUGAUCUUAGCCCGUGCUUACAGUGGAAGCAAGAUUCUAGUCAAAUCACUCGGUUUCCAGCUGGAAGACGUAGUGAAGAGGUAACAAUCUUUUGCUAUCAAUUUUUCUAUGCAUUAGCUAAGUUCUUUUUGUUUCCUUUUAUAGGUACCGAUAUGUGCUUGCUUCCAGGAUUCUAA